AUGGAUUAUAGUAUCACAACAAUCUCGAACAAGAACGGGAAGAAUCUGACUCAUGAUUUAAGUGAUAUCACUAAUAGUUUUAAGGCAGAACAUAAACAAACUCGCUUUUCUCUGAAUAAAAAGCCAAAACACAAAAAUCCGGAACACAUGAUUAAUGUAAAUAUUACUAAUCACACAUUACCAGGCACUAAAACUGCUGCUGCUUGUGCUGCUUCUACUCAUUUCAUCUCGCUUUUAAUUUCCAUAUCCAUAAAUUGCCUCAGAAGAAGAGAUUACAAUAAAUUUUCCCAAGCACAAGCAUCUUGA